ACGAACAAAGCGAACGCGUUCUAAAUCGAGUUGGGCAGCCAUGUUGUUUUGUCAAAGCGGGAUUCGCUAGGACCGUGCUUAAUUAACACGUUUUUCUGUUUUUAAUGUGAAGUUUUUAGGUAUCUCCCAAGCCAGCAGUUUGACUGUAUGCAAGAUGGACCGAGUCGCCGUUUUGUAUAAAAACUACGACGUUUUAGCCAACGCGAACGAAAAAAUUGCAGAGCAUGAAAAAGAGUAUCUCGAGAUCCUGGAUUCCGUCAAAGGAACGCCCAGCGAAAAGCGGCUGGCAUCGCAGUUCAUCGCCCGGUUUUUCAAGAGUUUCCCGCACCUUGCCGAGAAAGCCAUUGAUGCCCAGUUGGACCUCUGUGAAGAUGCAGACGUUGCGAUAAGAAAACAAGCAAUCAAAGACCUGCCGAGCUUCUGCAAAGAUAGCAAGGAGUAUGUGGCGAAGAUUGCUGAUGUGCUCGCGCAGCUGCUCCUGACGGAGGAUAACACUGAGCUCCUUGUGAUUCACCAUUCCCUUGUCACCCUCGUGAAGCUGGACACAAAAGGUACCCUGGGAGGCGUGUUCUCCCAAAUCGUGGCUGGCGAAGACCUGGUGCGAGAGCGUGCCAUAAAAUUCCUGUGUGCCAAGCUGCCCCUCUUGAGUGCCGAGGUGCUCACCAAGGAGCUUGAGGAGUACCUCUUCCAAGAGUGCUGCAAGGUGAUGCAAGAUGUGACCGGUCAGGAGUUCAGCAGCCUCAUGACUCUGCUCUCUGGGCUGAGGCUGGCCAAGACCAUUCCGGGCCAGCAGGCCCUAGUGGACCUGGCAGCAGAACAGGCCGACCUUGGCAAAAAGGCGACACCAGGAGCCACUACCCAGGACCCCAGCACUCAGGCAGAAACGCUCGCCAAGCUGGUGCAGUGCAUCCGUCAGGCAUUGCCAUUCUUUUCGCCGUACGUGUCUUCUGCCAAGUUUGUGGGCCACCUGUGCCAGCAAGUGGUCCCGGGGCUGGGCCAGCUUCCCUCGGAAGAGGAGGCCCUGGAACUGCUGAAGCUGUUGGCCGAGAUGGCGCCUUUCGCCUCUGGUCUGGAGGAGCAGGAUGCCUGCCUCGAACUCGUCUUCCUCAAGUUGCUGGAGUUCAUGCCCCUGCCCCCCGCGGGAGAGGACACGGAGAAUGCCGGCGAGCAGCCGGCCCUGCAGCUGAGCCACGUGGAGUGCCUCAUGUACACCUUCCACCAGCUGGCCAAGCGCAGCCCCGAGUUCCUCACGGGAGAGAGCUCGGCCGAGCGGCUCAGGGACUUCAAGCUCAGGCUUCAGUACCUGGCACGAGGGGUCCAAGGCUACAUCAAGAAGCUGCGCACCGCCCUGCAAGGGAAGAGACCCACCGAGCUGAAGACAGACGAGAACAAGCUGAAGGUUGCCGCCCUCAAGACGACGUCCAACAUCAACAUUCUCAUACGGGACCUGUUCCACGUUCCGCCGUCGUUCAAGGCCGCCAUCAGCCUCUCUUGGAAGCCUUCUGCCAGUGCGGAGCGACCGGCGGUACCGACACCCGAGGUUGCGUCAGCGACACCCGCUGCAACUGGUAGUGCCGCGACCAGGAGCGAGAAGCGACGCAUCGAGUUUCCCGAGGGCGCCCCGACACCGACCAAGAGUGCCAAGAAGCCCGUGGUGUCGGGGAAGAACGAGCGGGAGCUCUACAGUCCGCCGGGGGGCAAGUACAGCACCAAGGUGCAGAGCUUCCAGGGAGUGCCCACAAACGCCCGCGGGGGUGUCGGAGGCCGCGGGGGUUCCACGCGGUUCCGCGGCUUCAACCGGGGCUGGCGGGGCCGGAUAUACUCGUGAGUGAACCACCCCUCCCCGCAGCCGGGGUGUACAGCGGCAGAGCGCUUCCUGGCCGGCGCUGAAGCAGUGACAGCGGCGGCAACACCAGCACUACCCUUCGUCCGAGACUGCCUCGAAGAGGAACUCCAUCCCGACUCCCCUUUUCGCAUAGGAAGGCCAUUUUCACCUCUCUCUGUCUCUCCUCCCUCUUUCGCCUUGCUGAGCACUCUCGUCUUGAUGCGAUUAUGUGUUGCAUCCGGCAGGCACACUUUUCCGAGUGUCCUCAGCUUUGCCCACGUUUGGGGGCCUUUCGAAGCGUCUUCAGCUUCGCACGUGUCUGUGGAGCAGUAUGCAUUCGGAAGUAACGUAUCGAUUCUUUAUCUCUCGGCUUUUGGUGUACCCUCUCGUUCGUUUAAAUUGGGGUCACGCAGGGAUGUCCUACUUCUGUCUCGCGAACGAGAGUUUUGGCGUUUUGUUUUUAUCGGCGAUUUGGUUCGUUCUCUUAGUUUGGCAGAGGCAAGUUGGGAUUAGAAUGUGCCCCCCGACGGAUGCUUUGCAUCUUUUCUUAACAACAACCUGUCAAAUUGGCCACAUUUUGUUUUUUUUAUUAUUAUGUAUGUUAAAAUCUCUUUAGAAAGAUUUUUUUCAUACUGUUAUUUCUUGGGAAAUUGCUUGUUUCGACCGACAUUGUGGCAUGUCAUUCAUGGCGUCGAGAAGGUAUGAAUGACAUGCCUACAGCACAUUUUUAGCAGAUGUAACGAAAUUACCGUAGGCGAGUUUGGGAUGGUGAAAUUGAGAUUGGCUGUUUGUUUUUCUUUUUUUCCGUUUGGCAAGCCGAUUUUAAAGGGGUGCUCAAAGUGGUUUUGUCACAUUGUCUUAAUUAAGGUCUUUGUUUUUUGGAGUGUUGGUAGGAAGGGAGGGAGGGGGAGAGAACGAGAAAGGUCAUCCCCAUUUCAUAAUUUGUUUCGUCUGCUGCUUGGCCACGGCAGUCGCUAUUGAACUCUAGAGCUGCAUUGCUCCGAAAUGCGACGGCCGACGCGCAAUAAUGCACUGGCAAGGAGGAGAUGGCGUAAUUUGGCCCGCAUCGUCUGAAGGCGAUUUGUAAGCGUCCGAAUAAAAAAAGUUUGUAAUUAAA